AUGUUGGGGGAAACAUAUAUGGAUGCUAUCAGGUUGUGCAAUACACCAUUUCAGAAGGUAGACGACUAUAACGAAUGGUUAGUGAAUAGAAGUCUCACAGAAUUCAGAGGCCAUUUAGAAAGGGCGGAACUAAAUCUAGAUGAUAUAGAUAGUUUGAAUAUCAUUCAUAUAAGUGGCACAAAGGGCAAGGGAUCCGUGUCUGCUUUCUGUGAAAGUAUAAUGCGAGCACAUGGAUUGAAAACUGGAUUUUUUAGCUCACCACAUUUAAUAGAAAUUCGUGAGCGAAUCCGGAUCAAUGGUUUACCACUGACAAGAGAUGAUUUCACAAAAUAUUUCUUUGAUGUCUACAAGAAAGUUGGCGGUUUCGAAAGUAUGGGAAUUUUCAGAUUCUUGACGCUCGUGGCACUUCAUGCUUUCAUACAAGAAAAAGUGGAUGUUUUCAUUAUGGAAGUAGGCAGAGGUGGGACAUAUGAUUCCACUAACGUUAUCCGAAGGCCCACAGUCACAGGCAUAAACCUCAUUGACUUCGAUCAUAUGCAAUUUUUGGGAGACACUCUAGCUAAAAUAGCAUGGCAUAAAGCUGGUAUUUGCAAGCCUGGUCGACCGGCAUUCACAGUCCCACAAUCUGAGGAGGCCGUUGAUACUAUACUAGCUAGAGCGAAAGAACUAAACGCACCGAUUCAUCUUGUCCCUGAAUUGGAUGACUAUGAUUGGCAGGGUCAACCUAUGAAACUUGGUAUAUCAGGGGAACAUCAGAAACGCAAUGCUUCUUUAGCAAUACAGUUAUGUAGAUCAUGGAUUGAAGAGCAUAAAUCAAAUCUCGCUAGUUUUGAAGAUAUACACAUCAAAGCCAACGUGAGAUGCAGUGGUCCGAUAGCUCCGGCAUUCAAGUUGACAGAAGCAUUUAUAAACGGACUUCGCAACUGUUUCUGGCCAGCACGUACACAGAUCAUAAAACGUGAGAAUGUGACGUACUAUAUGGAUGGAGCUCAUACAGAAAUGGGUAUCAAGGCGUGUGUUAAAUGGUUUCUACAAGCAGCAUCUGAAGAAGAAUUACAGCUGGGAAAACGUUGUGUGAAAGUUCUGUUGUUCAAUGUUACCCGCGAACGUGAUCCCAAAGAGUUAAUGGUAGAUCUUAUUCCUUGUAAUUUUGCUGCUGCUGGCUUCUGUCCAAAUGUCACAGAGAUUGUUUCUGGAGAGCCAGUAAUUGGAAUCGAUAGAUCAUUUCUUGAGAUACCUAUACAAGCUGAACAUGACGUAUGCGAGGAAAACAGACAAGCCUGGCAAAGUUUACAAGAGGAGGUGGAACGUGACUCUAUAUCACCAGAAUCUUCCUCUAGAACUGAGUCAGAUCAAGAUUCUUCAAAAUAUGUUAGAUUUGAAUGCGUAAAACACGCUCUGCAGUGGCUAUCAUGCGGUAAGGAUUCGUAUUUGCCAAAACCCAGAUCAGAAGACCCAACACCACCGCAACCUGUCAUGGAAGCAGACCAUAUCCACACUGGUUUACAACACGAUGUUAUUCGAUAUGACCAACCAAAUUGUCUGCCACUGGAUGAAGUGACACUAGCAGAAAAACUUAAAGAAGCUGGAUAUUCCACUAAUUUGGUUGGUAAAUGGCAUUUGGGUUACUACACACCAUCGUGUCUUCCAACGCGACGUGGAUUUGAUUCUUUUUUUGGGUAUCUGAUUGGGCAGGAAGAUUAUUAUAAACACAUCCAUAAGGGUGGAUACGAUCUAAAACGACAGGAAACAGAUGUUUCUAAACAAUACCAGGGUGAUUACUCAACCCACGUGUUUACAAGUGAAGCACAGAACAUUAUAAAGACACACGAUCCAAGCACAAUUAUUCGUACAACUGUAGCUCAAUUUGAUGGUGUCACGGCUGAACAUUUUCCUGAGUUUGUUUCCCUGUUGGAAACACUUAUCAACCAGGGUGAGGAAUCUUCUCCCGACGCUGUUAGUGACAUUUUUACUGAAGGGGGGUUAAAACAGAGGAUGUUGUUACGAGUUUCUUUGGGUGUGUUGUCUACAGCGGCUAAGCCAUCAUAUCUGUACAGGCCGAUCAUUUUUCCGCAAAUAUCAUGUAGCUGUGACAAUAAAAAGCAUCCAACUAAGCAUCCAAAAGCACUCUCACCUGGAAUAAUCGACUACCUUCCUAUAUAA